AUGGGCGAGGGAUAUGCUAUCGUGGUCCCCUCGUUCAUCGACAAGAUCAUUCAUUUUGAUGAUGGAGCGUCGUACGAACUGCUGGAGCCGCUGACUACGUAUCGACAGUGCCACGAUGGCACGCCGCCUGAAGCCCGUAUUGUUUUCACGUGCAAACAGACAGGUCAACGCGAUGUCGGCCCACAGGAAUACAUCAUGAAGAUCAAGGUCAGAGUCCCUCAUCGUGAGCAGGAUGACAACCUUGACGGAGCUGAAGUCGAGUCAAGCAACACUACAAGGGCUGAAGUGAAAGCCCUGACGAAAUUUCGUGGAGCCCAUACCUCCUUUGCUCCGCAGCUUGUCAACUACAAGAGAACCAUCCAGGGUUCCAAUGGCCCAUUUCCCAAUGGGUAUAUGACGUUCACGGUCAUGACCAAAAUGCCCGGCGACUCGUUACACAACUUGUACUUCUGGGGGAUGCCAGAGAAAGAGAGGGAAAAUAUUAUACAGGCUUUCCUGGUCGCUCUAAGGUCAAUAUAUGCUCUUGGAAUAGAACCCGUCGACUGUGCUUUGCGAAAUGUCCUGUGGGAGCGAGAGACCGAGAGAUGUACCAUCAUUGACUUUGAGAUCUGGAGAGAAACAGACUCGGAUAUCGACGAUGAAACUAAGGAACUUCAGCGGUGGGGUUUGGCUCGAAGACCUGCUGCGAAGACUCACUGGGAAGCAUGGAAUGAACAGUGGAGGUAG